AAAAUUUUUGCCAAACGGGAAUGGAUUACUAAAAACUCAAUCGAAGCGCCCGAAAAGACUCAAGUUCCACCCAGCUGCAGUUCGUGAGCUCCGGCACUGGGAAAUCUCCCAAAAACCCAGACCAACCAAAAUCGUGCGGACUCUGAACGAAAAAGGUACCAAAUUUUGAGAUUAAUGUAUUGAAUUCCAAGCCUAUAGAUUUGAACUUGUCGUUCAGUUUGAGAAAAGACAUGGAUCCCGAUGCUGCGCGAACGGCGAGGGAGUCACUGGACCUGGCGUUCCACAUGUCGAACGUUCUGGACACGGGGCUCGACCGCCACACCCUCUCUGUGCUCAUCGCUCUCUGUGACCUGGGUGUCAACCCUGAGGCACUCGCCGCUGUCGUCAAAGAACUCCGCAGAGAGCUGCAGACCUCUUCUUCGCCCCCUACAUCUACUGCUCCGUCUUCUCUUUCCUAAAACAGGCCCGAUUGGGAUAUCAAAAGUUAAAAACAAGCUCUGGAGGGAAAAUGCAGUCUUCCAGUAUCUGUAGCAAGUUCAGUUGAAAUAUGCCAAAGCCAUGCUUAUAAUAAUCCACGGGAUUGAAUUAUUGGUACCUAAUGGCAUCUACGUUCCGGUUGGAAAUUUCAGGUUGAUAAACUUCUGUUUUAAUGAAAGCAUCCAUCCUUGUUUGGCGUAAUUGUAACUAUUCUUGGGACUUGUAACUGGGUAGUUUGUCUCAUGCAUGAUUUUGUGAAACUCUUAUCAGUACAGUUAUUAGUUUGUGAAAGAAAUGCUGGUGAGAUGGCAUAGCACUUGUGUUCCAAAA